AAUCUUAGACUCGAAAUGGCUUUGGUGCCGAGCACAUAUCGUGAUCUUUCCCGGGAAUUGGAUCGUCCGCGUCCACUGUACCAGCCGCCGUACGACUUCCAGCUGUAUCCGUAUCUCUGGGACGAUUCCCGAGUCUGGUGGCCCACCACAGCCCACAACCGUGACUAUCUACGGCCCUUGGAUGAGCUGGUGACGCGUCGAGUGCGGAACCAGUUGAUCCAGUCCACACCCUAUGAGUGGGCAUAUCCCAUGAGAUGGGACAACUAUUACUCCGGCGAGCGUGUCCAUGUGGAUGAGAAGGGAUUCCGGGUGGACAUCGAUGUGCGUCAGUUCCGACCACAUGAGAUUGUGGUCAAGACCAACGAUGACUACGUCAUGGUUCAGGGGAAUCAUGACAAGCGCAGCGAGGGACCCAAUGGAUACGUGGAGCGACACUUUGUCCGGAAGUAUCUACUGCCACGUGGCUACAAUGCCAACGAGGUCAUCUCCGACAUCUCCUCGGAUGGCAUCCUAACCAUUAAGGCUCCUCCCCCGCCACCCGCCAAGUACUACAGUCCCGGUGAGCGUCUGGUGCGUGUCCAUGAAACGGGAAAACUUGCCCUGCCCUGAAUAUAGUUCUUCUCCUCCUCCUCCUCCACUUGUCUCCCCCUCGUAGUCUACAGUUGCCGCCGCCAGGGAAGAAGCUGCCAAUUCAAGGUGAACCUAUUUUUGGCCAGCGAGCGAAAUUCAAUUAGAUUUAAAUAUGCACAUGUAGAAACUGCAAACAUUAAAUGCGCAAUAAAUUGAUAGAAACCGA